GCUCUGUAGCCAGCUUGUCUUCUCAGCAUAUGAUGCAAGGAGCUCUUUAAAAAUGGAUUUCAACUCUUCUUUUAUCCUUCAGUGCCUGCUCGUGAUAGUAGCUGUUACUAAUGCCUCAGCUUCUAGAGUUGUUGCACUGAGCAGCAGCUCAGCAGUCUUUUCUCUGGGAAUUCAAAGCCUGCAGAGCAUCUCUGAAAUGAGCAAAGGCAGUGCAAAAUGCUCCAUGUCUGUGUUGAACGAUACCUUGUUGGCCAGGUGCGGCACUUCUUCUGCUAGAUGUCUGAACUUGCAGAAUGGUUCUGUGGUACUGAGGAAUGUGGAGAAAGAGGAUGAAGGAAAAUAUGAGUUUGUUUUUCACAACACAAGCAGAUCUUUUAUACUCGAAGUGUCUGAACCAGCCAUUAGUAUCCGAUGCUUCCCUAAUGGGACUGGAGAGUUGACCUGUGAUGUAACUGGCAAUGAGAGCACUGGGUUUAUGUGGCUGCUGAAUGGUGUUGCGCUGGAUGCCCCUGAGGCUUGUGUUAAGGAUGGUGGGAAGAAGGUUCGCUUGGACAAAACUGUGCCUGGGGACUUCGUCUGUGUGAUUCACCGUGGGAAUAGCAUCAUUAGAAGCAGACCCAUUGCACUGUCUUGUGACUACUAUGGAGACCUGCUGCAGAAUCCAUGGUUCCUUUACAUCCUGUCAGGAUGUGCAGGAGGGGCAGUUGUUCUAGUCAUUAUUGUGUCUUCAAUUAUAUGUUGCUGCAUGAAGAGGAAACACAGGUUCAUCCCCGUGCCUUCAGAGGAGGAAAAGGAUGAUGGAGUAACAAUGUCAGUGGUCUCCAGUGAAGGUGUAAAGAGUCCCCCUAAUGGAGAUCGUGUUGAUGCUCAAGCUGUCCAAACCGCCUGUCCUCUAAAGCCCGAUGCUGCCCAGACUAGUCAAAGUCUUGAGCCUCAGCCAUUGGCAGAAGAAAAUUUCCCAGUGGAGACUGAGCCUGAGGAAAUACCAGACCCAGAGGUCAUAGUUGAUGUUGAAAACCAAGGAAAUGCAUCAGAUUGUUUCCCAGAUCCAACUGAUGCCUAAGCUGACAUGCUGUCCCAUCCUGUCCUGAAGCCUAUGGCACCCAUCCUUUGCAUCUCAUAAUCUCAUUUUGUGUAAGAACUGAUCUGAAAAAUUACACUGCAGGAAAGCCCUAAGGCAUCAAGCCUGCUAUCUUAAUGAUAAUACAAAGUGUGUAGCUUCAAGGCUGCGCUGCUGUGAGCUGACAAGUUCACCAACAAACAAAACUGGCAGCUC